AAAAAGUUACAUGUUGGAGAAAGGGGGUCCUGGGAAAGAAAAGAACGGGCACAGAGAUUAACAACUACAGGAGAGAAGAAGAAGAAGGGAAACAACGGACAGGAAGGAAGGGGAGGGAGAAGUCUUGGGCAGAGGAGAAAAAAAAAAGAGCUGAAGAAAAGUUUUCUUGUGGGAAGACGCAGAUGAGGAAAACAGAGCGAGUGAAUGACUGGGCUGGAGAGAGCUGGGAGGGGAGGAAACCAGUUGUUUUCUAAGGCGUUUUCCCCACAAGCCUCUGGACUUCUUUGGACAUGUACACAGAAGGCGCACAAACAACGGGACACCACCGAUUCCUUCAGCACAACAAUACCCCUACCCCCUGCCCCUGCCAGCACUGCGUCCACCAUGAGCCACUGUACGGCCAUCACGGUGGGCUGGGAUACCAACCGGCAUCAGCCAGACAGACAGACCACCCAUUGCUGGACUGCAGGAGAGACAUCCAGGCUCCUCGGGUUAAAGACGUAGGAGGGAGAGCUUUCGUAGUGGACAGAGUUGAGAGAAGCGGUCAUCGCAGCCCACAGAGGAGGCCUGUGUUCGCAGGGCCCGGCCCUUACAGCCAGUCAGAUGACUCGAGCCAAGUUUGCCCCUGGGAGUUGAACCCUGCCCAGUGGAGCUACCCGCCGGAGUCUGGGGUGAGACACUACCCGUCUGUCAGAGAACAGUGCGGCUGUGUGGUGCGCAACAACACCCGGGCACACCCCUUUAACACUGUAAUACCACAUCCACUCCCUCAUCUUCAGGUCAAAGGUCAAGGGUAUGCGCACCGGAGGUCUGUCAGGUACGUAUCAGUGGACAAGGAACAGGAAGGCUACGAAUGUGCCUCUGAGAACUGUCAUUUGGAGCUGCACGCCCCCCAGCCUGGUCAUUUGCACAUGCCAAAUGGCCACUUUGGACCAAAGUCUGUGUUCUUUGAGGGAGGGGAGGAAAGAGAUAUCCAUCAGGACCGGAGCAGACUGAAGGGUGGAUCAGAGGAGAGCUGUAAUGGACGCGGUGGCUCUCAUAAAGGCUUUUUUCCCACCGAAGUCCCACAAAAACACUUGAACCAAAGCAGACGGAAGGGGCCCUGUGUCCCUCCCUCUGGCAUCAUCAGUCCAGAAACCUCAAAAUCGAGCAACACAACAACCAACCACGACCACCAGCGCCAGUGUUCGGAAGUGGUGAAGCAAAAGAGGAGGCAGGAUUUGGUGAGGGAUCAAAUACGACAAGUGGUGACAGACCUGGAAGACGUGUUGGGGGGUUUGAAGCAAGUACACGUGGAGAUGAAAGAGGUCGUCAACCAGAUUGAUCGUCUCACAGCCAAUAUCGACCUCAGUGAGGAGGCGCUCAGCAUCACUCAGGGGUCGUCCAAUAACUUUCACAGCUCAGCUCAUCCAGGUGACCUCAGGGUGGCCCCGCUGUCCAAUCAUAAGCCUGCAUCAGCGCAGGUGUCGCAGCACUUCGACGAAGACCGCAUCAUCUUACGAACUAACUCUCCGUCCCCUGUGCACAUGGCGUCGGUUGUCAAAACUAGCUGCUUCACCCCACCCAGCCACAGUAAGGACAUCAACCACGAAAGGCCGGGCGUAAACGGACACCCGCCACACCUGUACCCCCACAGAGACUCCAACCACAUCGGCCAUCUAGAGCCUCAUCCACAGAGCUUAGACCCUAAGGUCAUCAUUGGGAACAGCACCUCCAGUUCAAGGACUCAGAAGCCUCCGCCGUACCCCCAAAACGGGCGGUGUGGGAAGGGCUCGUACCCGCCUCCCAAGCCUGUAAGGACCCCUGCGUACCCAGGCAGAGGCCGCCAGAGCACCAGCAUGGUGUGAAGGAGGGGGCGGUCUGCCCCAGUGCCAUGGGGGCCUGAAACAUGAGACCCUGCUACAGCGAGUGGAGGUCAGAGUGGGACCAGGCAGGGGAACAACUCAUGUGUUACUUAGUCAUAACUUCGAGGGAACUGAGAGUUGGCAGGAGCUCAGUCGUUUUUGGCAAAGGAAGACCCCACAGCCGCUUGCCUCAAAUCAUGUGACACAAAGGAGCAGGAGCUGAUGCCACUUAGACAAGCUGUCAGCCGGUGGAAACAGAGCACGGCCUGAAGGUGGGGAUAUUUCCAAGGGAAAACUCCCCCCAAGAGUCCACCGGCAACUGUAUGUCAAGCAAGCACAGAAGCGUGGAGAGAGGACCUGAAGAGUGGCAGUCAAACCUUGACGAGAAUUUAUGCUUUUUUGGUGAUACAGUGGCAAAUAAUGAGAAGGAUAAACUGUGAACUGCUACUGAACAACCACCAAUAGAAACAUAAAGGUAUCUUUCCAUGACAGUCUUAAUUUAUUGUUACUAUUUUAGUUUUUUAUUGCAAAAAUAUAUAUUUUCAGGCAGCUUACACCAGUCUGGAUACUACCUAACCUACUGUAUGUUAUAUUGAGAUUUACAACACUUAAACUAUUGUACAGACAUUUUACAAAUAAAGAGUUUAGUCUGUCUUUUCCUCUGUUACAUGGUCGUUCUAGUAUGUAAGAAGAAAAGCCAGCAGGGAGGUAGGAAAGUUGGAAAAGCGGGGUGAAGAUUAAAUUGCAAUACAAUGGAUUCUUAUGCAAUUUCUCACAAAUCAGUCUGACAUCUCAAUUAUCUAGCUCAAGCGAUGAUCCACUGAGAGCUGAAUGUCCCGCAUUUGAACAUGAAAUAAAAGAAAUGAC